GGGGAGUCCCGCAGAACAGCCACUGCUGCCGCUGGCUCCUACUCCGGUUGGCGACUGUGAGGUUGUUUUGAUUGAGGUGGACGGAUUUUUUUUUUCUUCGCGUUAUUAGUCUCGCAUUGUGGCGUUCAAAGAUGUUUCUAACACUUUUCUAAGCACGCAGCCCUGGCCUCUUCCACAGUUCAGCGAUGGAGAAAAAAACUUGGGAAUAACCGAAGUUAAAGCUGAGAGGAGCAACUUUUUCUGACUGCCGUAGUAGUCAGCGGGCUGACCCGUGCUAAGCUAACCAACUAGCCAAACCAUCGGGUGAUUUUUGUCACGUUUAUAAACGAAAAACUGAACUUCAUAUUCCGAUACUCGUUGCUUAGAUGAGAUUUACUGUGAGCAGAGAGGCCUGGCCUUCAGAAGCUCACUUUUUUAGGUCAGAAUGGUGCAGGUGCACCUCCUGUGGCACCUGCGAAAACAGCUCCAUCUAUAGAAAGCCAACUUUUUUUCGUGUUAGCUUCAAGCAGUAAAAUAAUGUGAAUAACCUUAUAUAAUAUAUCGUCGCUGAUAUAUAAGACUUCGGUUGAAGAGUACCAGUGUUAUGUUGCUUUUAGGCGUCAGUGGCGACAUAAGCUAAAAAGUAUUUCGGCUAACUUAAGCUAGCACCCGUUAGCUAGUCUCUGACUCUCGUACAUGUACCGGAGUGGCGACGUGGAUACAAGUCUGUUGACGCUCUCUCCCACGGGACUUGGGACACGGCGUGACACUGCCGUGGGCUACGCUCGGGAUUCCCCUGUGUUCUCAUCAGUCAGUCGCUACAGAAAUGACAGCAUGUGGAUUUCAGAAAGUUGCCUCUUAACGUUUUAAAGUUUUCAUUUUGUUCCAAAAGCUCAGCACCCUAUGGUGCCGCUACGGCCACCGAGAAAUGGAUGUCUCGCAGGCCGCUUUCCCAAACGGUGAAGGGCGGCCGGGCGGCGGUGACACCGGGGAGCAUGCAUGGACAGAUUCACCCACAGUUCGUGCGUGGGCUCAUUCUGCCCCACUCUGCCCGACUCGCUCCCUGUGGACAGCCGCGUACGACUACGAGGCAAGCGGCGAGGAUGAGCUCAGUCUGCGGCGAGGGGACGUGGUGGAGGUCCUGUCCAAGGACGCAGCGAUUUCUGGGGACGAGGGAUGGUGGACGGGUAAAAUCAAUCACCGGGUGGGCAUUUUCCCAUCUAACUAUGUCACCUAUCAGCCCGCUAUUUACCGUCUCCCAGCGAGUCGUGGAUCUGCGGGGACACCAGAGCGAGUCCCGAGCUCGCCCGUGCAGAUCCCAUUCUCGGAACUGGUGCUUGAGGAGAUCAUCGGUGUGGGCGGAUUUGGUAAAGUUUACCGGGGCACAUGGAAAGAUCAAGAGGUUGCAGUGAAGGCUGCUCGUCAAGACCCAGACGAGGACAUAACAGCCACCGCUGGCAGUGUUAAACAAGAGGCAAAACUUUUCUCCAUGCUGCAGCACCCCAACAUAAUUAAACUGGAAGGAGUUUGUUUAGAGGAGCCCAACCUGUGUCUGGUUAUGGAGUAUGCUCGAGGCGGGACAUUGAACCGUGGUUUGACCGGAAGGCGCAUCCCUCCACACAUCCUGGUCAACUGGGCCGUGCAGAUUGCACGCGGGAUGCACUAUCUGCACGAGGAGGCGGUGGUACCCAUCAUCCACCGUGACCUGAAGUCUAGCAACAUUUUAUUACUUGAAAAGAUCGAGAAUGACGACAUCGGGAGGAAGACCUUGAAGAUCACAGAUUUCGGCCUGGCCAGGGAGUGGCACAAAACCACAAAAAUGUCAGCAGCAGGCACCUACUCCUGGAUGGCCCCCGAGGUCAUCAAGUCGUCUCUGUUCUCAAAAGGCAGUGACGUCUGGAGCUAUGGUGUCUUGCUGUGGGAACUGUUAACAGGGGAGGUGCCAUAUCGAGGGAUAGACGGCCUGGCUGUAGCCUACGGCGUGGCAGUCAAUAAGUUAACGCUACCAAUCCCCUCCACCUGUCCGGAACCCUUCGCUAAGCUCAUGGAAGAGUGUUGGGAUCAGGACCCACACGUGCGUCCCUCCUUCUCCUGCAUCCUGGAUCAGCUAUCGGCCAUCGAGGAGGCUGUGAUGGCCACCAUGCCCCAGGACUCCUUUCACAGCAUGCAGGAUGACUGGCGUGUGGAGAUUCAGGAGAUGUUUGACGAGCUCAGGACCAAAGAGAAGGAGCUACGUUCGAGGGAGGAGGAGCUGACGCGCGCCGCCCUCCAGCAGAAGUCUCAGGAGGAGCUACUGAAGCGUCGGGAGCAGCAGCUGGCAGAGAGGGAGAUCAACGUGCUGGAAAGAGAGCUCAACAUCCUCAUUUUCCAACUCAACAAAGACAAGCCCAACGUGAAGAAGAGGAAGGGCAAAUUCAAACGCUCCCGCCUCAAACUCAAGGAUGGAAACCGCAUCAGCCUUCCCUCAGACUUCCAGCAUAAGAUCACCGUGCAGGCAUCGCCGUCUAUGGACAAGAGGCGGAGUCUUCACAGCACCAGCUCCUCUCCACCCAGCAGCCCCACACUCAUCCCCCGCCUAAGAGCCAUUCAGCUUACUCAAGAUGAGAGUAACCGUACGUGGGGCCGCAGCGCCCUCUUCAGGCCAGAGGAGUUUGACGACGUGAAAAGGGGAAUCAAGAAGAAAGGGAGAACCUGGGGCCCCAGCUCAAUACAGAGCAAAGAAAGACCUGCUGCUGCUGAGAGGGUGCGUCCUCUGUCAGACGGCAGCAACCCCUGGUCCACCAGCCUGGUGAAGUCUCAGAAGUCUGUCCCUCUCUCUGCCCUGUUUGCCGAACAAGCGGGGGCCGGUAAAGACGAGGCAUUCGUGCAGGAAGGUCCCGACAGCAGCUCCAAACCAAAGCAGCUCAAGUUCCCCAACCAGGUUUACAUUGAUCUACCUCUAUGGAGGGACGAGCAGCAGCCUCAGAGCCCCGGUGGGCAUUGUGGGCCUGGAGAGUCUGGGGUCGGGGCAGCAGGUCAGGGGGGCCUGGCAGAGACCGCAGACGACCCCUACACCACCACCUCCACCUCGUCCACCUCCACCACCCCACAGCUCACCCCCACCAACAGCCUGAAGCGGACGUCAGCGCGCCGCAAGACUGACUCAGUGUUGUACGGCUGUGGCUCGUUGCUGGCAUCGGUUUUGCUCGGCUAUGACAUCAGGGAGGCUCUCAAGAACUCGGCCCCCGGCGAAGAUAGUGAGCCGCCGCGUGAUGAGAAAGAGAAGAAGAAGAAGGAGGGCCUGUUUCAGCGCGCCACCCGCUUCCGACGCAGCACCUCACCGCCAAGCGGCCGCUCUCGCAAAGAUGAGGUCUUGACGAACCACACCCCCGCGCAACCUGUUAAUCUCAUCUCCAUGUCAGCCAUUAUGGAAUGCAACUCCACCAAGUGUCUCCUGCAGUCCGAGGCGGACGCGUCAGUGUUGAACACUGGGAAAGUUGAGCCCGUGGCGGGCGAUAAUCACGCAGAACCACCCAGAGCCACUGGCCAAGCGGCAUCCACAGAGGGCCAGCUUAACAGGACAGCAGCUAAAACACAGACAGUGCAAACCCAAAGCCAGCCACCUGAGCAGAGCAACCAGAACACGGGGACACGGCUGCGAAGAAAGAAAUACAUCAACCACAAUAGCAAUGGCCCUCCCACUCUGGCUCCUCCAGCCUCACAGAAGAAACAGGAGAAAGAGAAGGAGGGGGCGUCAGAGAAGUCCUCCAGCGGGGAGUCCCACUCCAGACCACGGCCUGUGUCGUUCCGGGCCAAACCUCACGCCUGGGCCCUGCUGCGAGGACGCAACAAGAGCUACUCCCUGGGCCACUACUCUGGCGAGAAGGCGGCGCAGAACCUGAACAUGGUGCUGACGUCGGAGGUAGGGGUGGGCUGCUCCCUGCUGGACAUGGACACGGAGGGACAGAAACGAGACUGCACCGUGCCGCUCUGCCGCAUUCAGAGCUCGCCGGCGCGGCAGACUGUCUUUGAGCUGGAGAAAGAGUUCCUCUCUUAGGAGCGUUGAGAAGUGAUCUGCUGUUCUCGUCGUUCACCCCAUACAAUCCUGAGCUUUCCCAGCACAUACAGGUUUAUUUGUUUUGGCCUAGAACUCCUGGAGGGUAUAGAACCAGGCUGCCUUUGAGGGGAAGAAAAAAAAAAUAGAAAGUUCUAUAACCUAGAACCCAGCUUUGUCUUAGUCCUAGAACGUAGUGAUGUCAUCGUUCUAGAGCGUAACAAAGUGUGAGGUUUCUCGAGCACGUCUGUGUCACAGAUGAUUCUAGAAUGUCGUACCUUUGUCUCAGUUUGAGAACAGUCUUCCCCGUGUGUGUGUGUGUGUGUGUGUGUGUGUGUGGUUCUGAAAGCUGAGCAGAACACACCAGAGGUGGAUCAGCAGUUCUCUCUUCCUCUCACCCCUCGGUGCUCGACUGUCACCCCUCACUUCUCCUCCUUCCCUCCCUUGUUCUGUCGGUGCAGCUAAACGUUGACCGCCCGCUGCAGCUUUCACAACACAAUACCCUCACCUUUUUAUUUAUAUAUAUAUUUUUAUAGGUAAUUUAAUAUGGAAAGACUUGACCGUACGUUAGCGACCAGCAGGACAUACAUUCCAUGUGUCAGUUUCACAGUGGUGUGAUCACGCUUUUAGAUUUUUUUUUUACUUUACUUGAGAAUCAUGCAUGCAUGUACCUUUAAUGAUGAACAAAAAAAAAAAAAACUAUAUUGUGUCUUGUUUUGUAAAUAUUUCUUUUUAGUGUUGUUUUUUGUAUUUCCUGCACGCUGUCUGACGACGGUUUGUGCUUUUAGGCGACAUACUGGAGCGCAGCAGGGAUGAAAAUGUGUUUUCCUCCUCAAACGCCCUGAAGAUUCUGGGAAUUUUUCCCCCACCCUGGAACGUUGGAUUUUAUUUCUAUUGACCUUUUCGGUCAUGUGUUGCUAAUAUUUUUUUUUUGUUUGUCUUUAUAAGUGUAUUUAUAGAAAGUUCUUUGUAAUAUUUCAUGUGUUUGGUACACUGCGUCAGAGGGUGAACAACACUUCUGUCAGGAAAAAUCAGCCUCAGAUUACUGAAUUCUCAACGUAAUCCCACCGAGGGCAUCUGAUUGGCUGGAGCUGUGAUGACACAGCGUGAUAUCAGUUUAAGCUGUGGACAGAUUACCACAGAGCCCGGGAGCGGCCUCACAGGAGGACGUUUACUUUUUAUCGUCAUGUGCUCGCAACUUUCUAAUUCAUGCAAUCAAGUUUCACCGUGUCCGGUUUUUAGUUCUGUUUUUCUUUUCUGAUGGAUAUGAAUCUGCAGUUAGAAAUAAUUAGAAAGUGAAACAAUAACAAAGCAACAAAAUUGCCAAAUACCAAUGUUUUUUUAGGGGAAACAAAACUGGUAACUCACAUGAACUCCCUGAGUCUGUUUUUUAGUUCUGUUUUUCUUUAAUAUGUUUUACAGUGUUUUUUAUUACAGUGCUCACAUUUUGUAUUUGAUCAAGUUUAGGAAAAGUUUGAUUUCAAAGUUGCGUAAAGGCAGUGGAGACGUGUUUACCUUCAUUAUUACUCUGUAAACAAAAAGCCUCAUGAUGGUUUUUUUUAAGACCCUAAAGAUUUUGACUAAGCAGAAUAUUUUAAGGUCCAUCGGUCACUCCCGGGCUCUUUUUUCAAAAAAAAAAAACCCAGAACAAAUUCACACCCGUUCUCAAACGGGUGAUGACUACAUUCUCCGAGCUUCUUAUUGCUGUCUCACUAGUUCUUUAGAAAAUGAUACUCCACGUUUGAAGGACAAAAACAAGGGCUCCUUUACAGCAAUAUGAAUUUCUAAAUGGUGUAAAUAUAAGUGUGUUCAUCACGUGGCAUCGUGUGAUGAUGUAGAAUGUGAAGUACCCCAUGUUCUGUACUUUGUGACCGCUGACGUUCAAACCAGAUCCAACACUGUAAAGGCCUUAAUGAUUAUGAAUAAGCAGCCUGUUAAAGCUGCAGUUUACGCGUCAAGGUAUCACUGGAUUAUUUAGACUUUUUUUUUUUUUUAAUCUUUAAGAAUUAAGGGCAUCUUAAAAAAAAAAACUGCACUGGUUCUGUACAUUCCCCUUAAGAUACUGUAUUUCACUUUGAAGCUGAAGCCUGCAACUUGUCCUGUAGUUACAAACCUUUCGUCUGCUGGUGGUGAUCAAAAAGGAGGCUGGACAAACCCAAACAAACAUUCCACUGCUCUUGACAAAGGGCAGCAAUGAUAUCUGUGAAAACUCUCAGCGUUAUGGUGCGUUCAGGCAUCUCUGGCCAUGGGACUAAAGUCCACUGUUUCUCUGCCUUCAGGACCAAAACCACUAAAAUGAACUUAGCUGCUAGAGAGGAGUCCUCACAAAGACGAGUGCUCCGCGUAUGGAAGGUGCAGCACACAGAUCAAAAUCACUAGACUUCCUGUUAAAUGCAACACUUCCUUCAAAUUUCUGAACACUUCUGCCACACUGACUGUGUCAGAUUUAGCUUUGGCUACAUCCUGUUUUUUUUUUGUUUCACUACAGUAUUGGCUGUUUCAUGCCUGAUUGAUCAAGAGUAUCAAGUUUUUCAACAUUUUGAAUAAAGUCUAAAUCGAUA